AUGUCUCUGUUAGCUGAAGCUGAGAGAGUAAAAUCCAAAAAGGAGAAGCUUGAGAAGAAGAGGAAACCCAUCUCAAAAGUACAGAGAAAUCAGCCAAGAUCAAAGCAGCAGGAAAAGCGUGGUAACAGCGACUACACUGAGUUUGAUAACUUCACCAAGUGGCUCGGUGUGAAUCAGUAA